AUGGCGGAAUACGAGGCCCUGAUCUUCGGACUGACUGCGGCACUAUCCCUGGGGAUCUGGCAGCUCCUGGUCAAGGGAGACUCCCAGCUCAUCAUCAAGCAGUUCACCAAGUGGCCAGAAGCUACCCCUGUGGUCAACAUCACCAAGGCAUCUGCCAUCACAUUCCUCAAGUCAAUUGUGUGCAGGUUCGAGGUCCCGAACCGAAUCAUCACCGACAAUGGGACCCAGUUCAAGAGCCAGCACUUUCAAGAAUACUGCGAGGACAUCGGCAUCCAGCUCUGCUUCGCUUCUGUGGCACAUCCUAGAAGCAACGGCCAAGUAGAGCGGGCUAAUGCUAAGAUACUCAGAGGACUCAAGAUUCGCACCUACAACUAUCUUGAAAAGCAUGGUGCGAAAUGGGUUGACCAGCUCCCGAGCGUACUGUGGGAGAACCAGACCACACCCAGCCGAGCAACCAGGGAGACCCCUUUCUUCCUGGUCUAUGGGGCCCAAGCAUGCCUUCCCCCGGAGAUCACUAUGGGCUCGCUACGAGUCCAAGCCUUGGAUGAGGAACUGCAGGAGCGGCAGCACCGUCAAGACGUAGACCUCGUCGACAAGCGAAGAUGGAGAGCAGCGGUCCGAAAUGCAUGA